GGGGGGAGCCGGCCGGCGGUUCCCCCGGAUCUGGUCCUGGUCCCCCAGAGUCACCGGUGGCCUGCGUCCCGGAGACCGGAGGCUUCAGCCUGGGCGGGGCGGCGCGGCGCGGGCCGGAAGGACGCCAUCCCGGCCCUGGCCAUGGAGGCUCCUGCGCCGUCCCUAACCGAGGAGGACCUCACUGAAGUGAAGAAGGACGCUUUAGAAAAUUUACGUGUUUACCUGUGUGAGAAAAUCAUAGCAGAGAGACAUUUUGAUCAUCUGCGUGCAAAGAAAAUACUCAGUAGAGAAGACACAGAAGAAAUUUCUUGCCGAACUUCAAGUAGGAAAAGAGCUGGGAAGUUGUUAGACUACUUACAGGAAAACCCCAAGGGACUGGACACCCUGGUGGAAUCCAUUCGCAGGGAGAAAACACAGAACUUCCUGAUUCAGAAGAUAACGGAUGAAGUGCUAAAGCUGCGGAAUAUAAAACUGGAGCAUCUCAAAGGCCUGCAGUGUAGCAGCUGUGAGCCCUUUGCAGCUGGAGCCACCAACAACCUCUCUAGGUCCAAUUCGGAAGAGAGUAAUCUCUCUGAAAAACAGAGAGCGUCCACUGUCAUGUACCACCCGGAAGGAGAGUCUAGCACCGCUCCCUUUUUCUCUACUGAGUCCUCUCUGAAUUUGCCAGUCCUAGAAGUUGGCAGAACUGAAAACGGCAGCUUCUCCUCAGGCACACUUCCUCGACCUGGGGACCCCGGGGCACCCCCUCUGCCCCCAGAUCUGCGAUUGGAAGGAGGAACUUAUGGAAACUCCAGUGAAAUGUUUCUCCCCUUACGAUCACGAGCUCUUUCACGCCAAUGACACCUCACAGCCUAGUUUUUUUUUUUAAUAGUAAUGAAAAAAUGUUGUAAAUGAUAUCAUCUUUUUUAUAAAAGCCACUGUAACAGUUCACUCACAUUUGCUAAGUCUUUUAAAUCACAGUGCACACAUUCUCUGUAAAUAGGAUUUGUUAGAUAAAGAAGCACACUCUGGGAGUAACUGGAUGUAAAGCAUGGUUUUCCAUGUUGACCUUUUUUUUAAAUUUUAGAUGUUUAGUAUUUCGAACUUUUUGUGUUUGUUAUAAGACUGAUUUUCUGAGACUAUUUCUCAAUUUGAGAAAUCAGCUCCUGAGCUGAGAAUAAUGUUUCUUCGCACAUUUAUGUUACAAAUGUUCAGUCUGACCAUCUUUCCAAUGACCUGGCAGUAUGUUUCAGCAGCAGACUGUUCUGACCUGCAUAAAGCCAGACCCUGGGAGAGCGGCCUAACACUAAGGAGAGUCUCCCGCUCCUUGGUUCUGAGAAAUACCUGAUGGCACUGAGCCACAAUUCAUUUUGUACUGCUCUUGCCCACUGAUGUGACUGCCCUUGGAUUUUACAGAAUUUUGUGUCAUCAUUCCUACCCUAAAGAAUAUUGUCUUAAACCAGGCACACCUUUAAUUCCAGCACUUGGGAGGCAGAGACAGGUGGAUCUCUGUGAGUUCAAGGCUAACCUGGUCUACAGAGGGAGUUCCAGGACAGUCGGGGCUACACAGAGGAAAAAAAAACGAAUGUUAUCCCAAUAGGAUAUUACUUGUAAUUAAUUGAUAUUACUUGUAAUAGAUUAAAAAUACUUCUUCUGGGCCGUUUAUUCUUUAUCAGUGAAUACUGCUUUAUGGAUAAAAUAACUAAAACAAUUGAUUUUGGGUUGUGUGACAAUCUUGUUUUUAAUAUUUGUAUCAAGCAGCCACUAGCUACAACUAUGUUUUUAUUAUAUUACAAAGUUUGACUGACUUUACACAUUUGAAAACUGAUUGUCUUCAUUUAAAUUAUAAUUUUACAUAUUUCCUGACAUCCACCUCCUAUGUAUUUCUAUUAUUUAAAAAUUAAGAAAUGAAAAGUUGCUAUUAACAAUAAAAAAUUUUUUUCAAGGUA